AUGAGAAAUUUGAGUGGAGACCACAUAGCGGAGUUUGUUUUGGUGGGCUUCCCUACCUCUCCACCCAUCCAGCUGCUCCUCUUUGCCCUCUUCCUUGCAAUUUAUUUGUUGACGUUAUUGGAGAAUGCACUCAUCAUUUCCACCAUCUGGCUCACUCCAAGCCUUCAUCGCCCAAUGUACUUUUUCCUUGGCCAUCUCUCCGUCCUGGAGCUAUGGUACAUCAAUGUCACAGUUCCCCGACUCUUGGGAGCAUUUCUUAUCCUGGACAGUAGAGUCUCCUUUGUAGGUUGCAUGACUCAACUCUAUUUCUUCAUUGCCUUAGCCUGCACCGAAUGUGUCCUGUUAGCCGUCAUGGCCUAUGACCGCUACCUGGCCAUCUGUGAACCCCUUCGUUAUCCUAGUCUCAUGCCUUCCAGCAUGGCCACUCGCCUUGCUGCAUCCUCUUGGGGCAGUGGCUUCUUCAGCUCCAUGAUGAAGCUUCUUUUCAUUUCCCGACUGUCCUACUGUGGACCUAACAUCAUCAACCACUUUUUCUGUGAUAUUUCCCCACUGCUUAACCUCACCUGCUCUGACAAGGAACAAGCAGAGCUGGUAGACUUCCUCUUGGCCCUGGUGAUGAUUCUCCUCCCUCUGUUAGUUGUGGUUUCAUCGUAUGCUGCCAUAAUUGCAGCCAUCCUGAGGAUUCCUACUGCCCAGGGACGCCACAAAGCCUUCUCCACGUGCGCCUCUCACCUGGCAGUGGUUGUGAUCUACUACUCUUCCACGCUCUUUACCUAUGCACGGCCCCGGGCCAUGUACACCUUCAACCACAACAAGGUCAUCUCCGUGCUCUAUACUGUCAUUGUACCAUUCCUCAAUCCAGCCAUCUACUGCCUGAGGAACAAGGAGGUGAAGGAUGCCCUCAGGAAGACAGUGCUGGCUAGAUGCCAUUGUCCCAGGAGUGUCCCAGAUUGA